GCCCAUUGUGCAGCUAUGUAAUUAACAAUAAACAAACAAACUCUAAAGCUCCAGUUCGUUUGCUAUCUAAUAGUGAAUAAUAAGUAAUAUUCACAACUAGAUUUAUCAUGUUAAUCUUAAGAGUAUUAUAUUAAUUGGGUUUCUAUGGGAAGAAUUAACAAAAUAUACCUGUGAACUGCUUCCUCAAUAUAUUUAUUAAUUAAAUGCAAGCUUUCAAGCUUAUUUAUGAGUUUAUUUUGGGAAGCUUAUUAAUUAAUUCUCAAAUUAAAUGAAAUUUGUGGCAGGAAUUUGGGUUUAAAAAUCUUUCAAGCCACAGAACCGUUUUUGGGGCCUGAAAGAUAACCCUGGAUGGUCAGAAAUUUUUGCUUCUGUUCGCCCCGCGCGGUGAAAAGUUCCAUAACAUCCCAUGCUUAACUUAAUCCUCUUUACAUGUUCCCAGUUGUGGGAAGAUUGUUCCUUAUAAUGAUACAGAAUGCCAGUAGGAAUUAUUAUGAUCAGGACCAAGAGAUAAAGAAUUCUAAUAUAAGUUUUCGAGGUGGAAGCGAAAGUAAAAGUGAUGAUGAGGAAAGGGAUGACCAGAUUUCAACUUCAAAAGAAGAUACAGCAGCAGUUUGGGAUGAUGAUGAUGAAGAAGAACUGAAAUAUGGUGCCAAGCAUGUUAUCAAGUUAUUUGUUCCUGUUACAUUAUGUAUGCUGGUUGUUGUGACAACAAUAAGCUCUAUUACAUUCUACACUGAAACAGAUGUUUACCUGGUCUACACACCUUUUACUGAUCAGACAGUGGACACAGGAACCAAAGUGUGGCAAUCCUUUGCAAAUGCCCUCAUUUUGAUGGGAGUAAUAGUAUGCAUGACUAUUCUACUUAUUUUACUUUACAAGUUCCACUGCUAUAAGGUCAUUCAUGGAUGGUUAAUUGUGUCUUCACUCAUGCUGCUGUUUCUUUUUUCAUACAUAUAUUUAGGAGAAGUGUUAAGGGCAUACAACAUUCCAAUGGAUUAUUUUACUGUGGCAAUUAUUAUGUGGAACUUUGGAGUUGUGGGAAUGAUCUGUAUACACUGGAAGGGGCCUUUGUUACUACAGCAAGCCUAUCUCAUCCUAGUGUCAGCUCUAAUGGCCUUGAUAUUUAUCAAGUAUCUGCCAGAUUGGACAACAUGGGUAGUACUAGGUGUAAUUUCUGUUUGGGAUCUGAUUGCUGUAUUGUGUCCAAAUGGACCACUGAGAAUACUAGUGGAAACGGCUCAAGAAAGAAACGAGCCAAUAUUUCCAGCCCUUAUCUAUUCGUCUGCAGUGGCUUGGUGUGUUAUGGCAGAUAAGGACUUCACUAACAAUCAGACUGAACAAACACAAAAUAAAAUGGUAUCAGAUGGAGAGUCUUCACAUUUUGAGAAGGAAAUGAUAGCUCCUAGGCAGAAUGAUUCAGACAGGCAGAGACUGCCAAGUGAUGAGCAAGUAGUUACCCUACAAUCUAGUCAGCAAGAUCUCGAGGAAGAAAACUGGGUCAUCAAAGAUGUUACUAAUGAGGAUGCACAGAAUAAAAAGGAAAAACAAGGUGUAAAGCUAGGACUUGGAGAUUUCAUCUUCUAUAGUGUUUUGGUUGGAAAAGCCUCUUCUUUUGGAGACUGGAAUACAACUAUAGCUUGCUUUGUUGCCAUUUUGAUAGGUCUGUGUCUCACAUUACUGUUGCUUGCUAUUUUUAAGAAGGCUUUACCAGCAUUGCCAAUCUCCAUUGCCUUUGGUCUAGUAUUUUAUUUUGCUACUAGUUCAGUUGUUCGUCCAUUUGCCGAUAGUCUAGCAAGUGAGCAGUUAUUCAUUUAGUGUUAACUUAUAACUGUUUAAUAUUUGAACAAUUUAUGUUACUUGUUAUAUUAUUUCUCUGAUUGUAAUAACUAAAAUAUGUUUUUGUGUGACAUUUGCUGGAAUCAUAUCUUGUAAACCAGUAGCAAUUAAAAAUUUGUAUUUUUAGUUAUGAAGAAUUGAAUGCAAAAAUAAAUUGUGUUGAAAGACA